UCCCCUAAGGAUUCAAUAGAUAUCGCGAUAUAUCGAUAUCGUGAAUUCUUUUGGCCACAAUAACCGUGGUGUAAAAAAUCUAAUAUUGUGACAGCCCUAGUCUGGACUCAUGGACGCGCACACAUACACACAAUAUAGAAUAUAUAUGAUUCAGUGAUUGUAAUGUUUUUUUCAGGAUGCCGUGUAUUGCACCAUCCCUGAUGAUUCUGACACUCAUGUGUUAGACAGUCUGGCUCAGAUGCCAAAUCAUCCUCUGACAAUUUAAUUCAUUGUUCAAUAUGUCAAACAAGUUAAACUUAUUGUCAUUUCAGGAGGAUCUGAUCUCUUUUAACUUUUUUAUUCUUUUCUUAAUCUUUCAAAUCAUCAAGAUGCAAAGUGAUGUCAGAUAUUGUUUGUCUGUUAAUAAGAUGCACUAACAUUUUAACUUUGUUUCCUUCUGAUCAUCACAGCUGUACAUUACAUUAAGAACAAUAAAUACAGUUCUGUGCACUGUAUGUAUUCUAUUCAGGGGUUUUAAUAAAUUAUUAAAUUCUUUUAUAUAUAAUAUGGAAAACACUAAUAAGAGGAUUUAUUAGUCAGAGAAUUGAUAGUUUUAGUCUAUAACUCUACCUGGUUGUCAGUAGAUUCAUUGAAUAUUAUAAAACUAUUAUAUGAGAAAUUCUUAUGCAGCACGCUCUAUGAAACGUUACAUUACACAUGGCUAUAAGUGUAGUCUUUUUAUCUACAAUUUCAUCUACAUAAAACUGCUUAGUACAUUAAAUGGUUUCUUGUGGUCUAGUGUGCUACUUCCUAAUUCAUCCAUUGUUUGAGUCUCAUUUGUCUCUUUUCACAUUCACUGUAAUGGAGUUGUUCAUCUUCAUCGCUUUUCAGCUUCUUAUGGAGGUUCAGUCUUACAAAUCUCCUGCUGUAAAAGUAUCUCCAGAUGUCAUAAGUGAGUCCAGCUUGGUGAAGAUGAUCUGUGAGCCGCCAGCAGAUGUUAGAGUAAAUAUGUGUAAUUUCUACAGAAACAGCGAGAAUAUAAAAAUCAGUCCAUCAUGUGAGCUCGAUCUCACUGGUGCUGAAGUGCUCAUAUGGGCAGCUGUAAAAUCACCUGUAUCAGUCGACUUUAACUGCUUCUACCCAAUACAUGAGGGAGGCAUUGAUAAGCCAUCAUCUCAUUCUCCUGCUGCCACAGUGACGGUUCUAGAUCUUCCUCAGGCCAUAUUAACAACAUCUGCUUCAGUUAUUAUGGAAACAGACACAGUUCAGCUGAGCUGUGAGAGUACUGAAGAUCUGAAGAUAGAGAUGUGUUUCUUUAACAUAAAUGGAAGAGACAGUAACUCAAAACAGAGCUCAUCAUGUCAGCUCUUUCUCACUGGAUCUCAGAUCAGUAUUAGGUCAGGAGGUCAGAGUUCAUCUGUAAGAAUAACCUGCUUCUACACUGUGAAGAAGUCACAAGUUCAAAAACCAUCUCCUCACUCUGAUCCAGUGACAGUAACAGUCCAGAUCUCUACUGGUCAGUCUUUGACAACUGCCACAAAAACAACGACCUCUUCUGCUAAAGCUUUGACAACAGCCAUAAAAACUUUCUCGUGGCUUUCAGUAGUGCUGGUUUUCACUGGUGUUGGUUUAUUUCUGUCUGGACUCAUGGGAUUCAUCUGUCUCUGCCACUUUGACAGUUCUGAUGAUGUUCUCACAGAGGUGAACUACAGCUCCUGCCAGGUGGAAACAACAUCUCUGUUAACUUCCUCUGUGUGCUCCAAAAAGCAUGGAUGAAACGCUUAAUUUCUUCACUUGUUGCACAUCUAAAGAGAAAAAAAUGAUGUGUUCAGAAAGAAUGAUAGUAGCCUGUAUUUACAGUAUUUAGUUGUUGAAAACAUUUACUAAUCAGCAGGCCAAGGCAGCUUGGAGGUUUUUCCCACAUUUUGAUUUUGGGAGAAAAUAGAUUUUAUAUUGGUUAAAUAUAUUAACUGUAGCUGAAAGCAUCUUCAAGUCAUCUGUAGAGUUCAGUGAUGCAGAUUCACUGUCAGAUUUAAAGCAUCAAACAUAUUAAAUCUAAUUUUUAUAGUGCCCUACUUGUUCAGUUUGUUCACUGUAAAAAACUGUAAAAAAAAACUGUUAAUUGUUUAACAGUAAGUUCCUUACUAUGUGUAGGGGAAAAAUGUAAUAGAUCUAACAUAAUAAACAACAUCUGCAAAGUUAUGAUGCUCAAAGUUUAAUGCAAAGGGAGAUAUUUUCUUUUACAGAAUUCUCUGUUUAAGGACUACAACAAAUGACUGGUAGGGACUACAACGAGUUUCUUCCCGGGUUGGUGACAUCACAAACCCUUAAAUUUACAUAAACCCCGCCCCCGGGAACAUGCAACAAAGGGGGUGAGGCCAUGUUAUUGCAAUACAGUAUGUAACACAAAUGCAAUAGCAUGUCAUAAAAGCAAGAUGACAACAUAAGUUAUAACCGUAAUUAAACUAAACUAUACCUGUUGUCUUCAUGCAGCAUAUAUUCUCUGACUCUGUAGGAUCUUACAACAGUUCCCACACGAGCGAUUUAUAGAUUAUCAUGACAGAAUAUGCAAUCAAUAACUUUAAGAUAGUUAACUCCACAUCAGCUACAUAAAUUCAUCAACUAACCAUUCAGAAACGUCUAGUUGCAUUCUACAUGUCACUUCUUCCUGACUCUCUCCUUAAUUGUCUGACUUUUACGAACUCUUGAAACCCCACCCUCUUCUUGAGAGCAGCAGCUAAUUUGCAUUUAAAGGGACACACACAAAAACAGAGCGUUUUUGCUCACCCUCAAAGUGACAAAUUUAACAUGUUAUAAAAAAAUUAAAAAAAGAUCUGUGGGGUAUUUUGAGCUAAAACUUCACAUACACACUCUGGGGACAUCAGAGACUUAUUUUACAUCUUGAAAAAGUGGCAUCAUAUGACCCCUUUAAUUUUGUAAUAAUAAUGUUUUUUUUUUUUUAGUUUUUUAUAUUAGGCCUACAUCUUAUGUUAUUAAAUGAAUGUUUAUUGCAUUAUUUUUGUGUGUGCAUGACACUGCAAUCACCUUCUAUAUAUUAGUAUUGACUUGUGGAAAAAUUACUUGUGAUGAACUUUGAUUCAUCAUGUGACUCUCUUCACCGCUAGUGUUAUUAUGGUGGAUGUUGGUAGAUGUUAAAGUACAAAACAGAUUUUAGUAGCAGCGUGGCCUUGCUAAUUCUGCAGAAAAGAACUGUUAGAUUUACUGGUUUAAUAUGUAUAUACAAUUUACAUGUUGUUCUAUAAAUUUGUACUGCAUUUGUACAGAAUUAUUCUGGCAACCACAGCUCUGUAAUAAUGACAGGAUUUUUUCAUUGUUAUAUUCUCUGUUAAACAACUGUCAGUUCAAUGAGCAACUGAACCUCUUGACUGUUGUCUGCUGCUUUUAUACAUCAAAGA